CCCCCGCCCCCCCCCCCCCCCCCCCCCCCCCCCCCCCCCGCAGAACAAGUAUGGUUUCUUUAUGGAACCCUAUUCAGAUAAGAACAUGCGGCAAGGUUGCGAGAAGAAAUGCAGCAAAGGUCUUCUGCUCUAUGGACACAAUCAAGGUUGUUACCAUUGGGGCCACCAAAGAAAUUGGGAGGACGGGAAUACUAGCAAAAUGGGGUAUCCCCGUAUCAAAAAAAGGGGGGAAUGGAGCUCACAGACGCAGGAGAGCUCUUCAGAUAAGCGGCAUGAAAGAACAGUUGGAAAUUCCGGUGCUCAAUGAUCUCACGAUGGUUCUGGGAUCCAUAGCACAGGCAGCAGCAUUUGGUUUGAGCAGCGUUGUCUACGUUCCAAAAAUUGAGUUAGACACAGUAACUGAGCUGUCAGCAUUCUACGAGAAGGAAAGCAUGGGUUUCUUGGUUGCACCAACACUAUCAAUUGGCUCAGUGCUACUUCAACAAGCUGCUAUACAGGCAUCAUUCCACUACAGCAAUGUAGAGAUUGUGGAAUCAAGACCUAACCCAUCGGAUUUGCCUUUGCAAGAUGCGAUACAGAUUGAAAAUAACAUAUCGGAUCUUGGUCAGUUAUACAACAGGGAAGUUAUGGAAUCCGACAGACCAGUAAGUGUGAGGAGUAGAUUUGCAAUUCUAUCUUUCUAGAGUGAUAUAGAAACAACACUUCCUCUGUAUUGAUUAAAAAUUGAAAACUAUAUUUUCACCUCAACAAGAACCCACAACACCAUAAAUAUUUUUGCAAUACAAGCUAAUGGACUAGUAUUUUGAAGAAGAUGGAGUGCGUGUACAAAGUAUGUGUUAGGGUUUUAACGGAAGCAUCAGCAGAAUCGACAAGUUAAGCACAAGAUCGAUACACAAGACACAAUG